AUGGCGUCAAACGACGUUUCGCACUCGAGGAUCGCGCUAUAUGAAUCCGGCCUGACAAUCCCCUCGGACUCGGAAAACUACUCUGCGAACCAUGAAGUCUCUGCCUCCACGUCGACCACAUCUAGCUCGCCGCUGAUUCUCUACAAACCCCCGACUAUCUUGGGCCUUCUCCGCGGGGUGGCCAUCAACCUAGUGCUCCCUUUUGUCAACGGGUUGAUGCUGGGAUUUGGUGAGCUAUUUGCACAUGAGGCUGCAUUUAGGCUAGGUUGGUCGGGAACGAAGAUUUUCCCUACAUACCGACGAACACAGCCUGUCAGCCCUGGAAUGGAGCUUAGGUGA